UAAUCCCUGUCUUAUAAUCAGAUCUGCGUUUUGUCCAAAUUCACACGAAGUAUAGAAUCUCAGUCAGGCGUCCACCACGAUGAAGGGCACUGUGUUUGUGAUAUGUGGUCUCCUUUUGACGGAAGCUUUUGCAGCAACUCUCCUCAAUGGAACCCCAGUCAACACACACAAAACCACGUAUUUCCGUAAGGUAUCAAUGACCCGCAUCAACUCCCAGGCAACAAAAGUGGGCGUUGACCUUUGCCCUACGUGCAUCAACUUCACCAGUCAAACCAUAGACAUUCUUCUGAACAUUAUUCUUCAAAGCGGUGUUGUUGGCACAUGCGGAGCUCUUUGCAACGCACUUGCGCAGAAAACAGGAAGUCAAGCCCUUGGUGCCGUCUGUAAUAUUCUAUGCGAUAUUGUUGGAGUAGAAGAAUUCGUUAAACUUGUCGAGAAAGCAGAUCUUGACCCAAUCUACUUCUGCGAGUUAUUGAAAGCUUGUCCUAUUAAGGAUGAUGGCGACGCUAAAAUCACAUCAAUGACUGUAUCACCAACAUCAGGACCACAGGGUGUUUUCGAGAUUGAUCUUGAGUACGAGUCUAAAAAUGGCACAGGGACUGGUGAAAUAAUCUUGGAAUGCAAAACUGUUGACGGGAUCCCAGUUGAGGGAGGGUUCCUUGCACAGGAACAACCUGCAGGGCAGUACUCACAAAAGUUCAACCUAAAAGCUGAACCGGAUCCGCAGUGUGACCCUACACAACAACCAUGUGAACAAUGGCUGCCAGGAAAUUACACAGUUAAAAUAUUUAUCUGCAAUGGAGAGUGCGGAAGUCAGCACCCUCACAGUCAGAUUUACGACACAUCUGAAGUCACAUUUACCUUAACAGGAUAAAUCAUCCACAGGCAACGUCAUUUAAACAAACGUCAUCAUCAAA